AUGAAGAACUUUAUCUCUCCCAACACAACAACAUAUGAUCAACAAAACACAUUCUCACUCAAAAUCAAUCCCUUUGCUCUUCUCUUUGUGCUCAUGAUUCUAAUAGCCUCACCAGUUGGGAUCCGCUCAGUCGAUAUCUCCGAACACCUCCAGCCGAGCCGCCGCCACCUCCACCGCCGGCCGCCACCGGCCGGCGGCUGUGAGAUUGAUCCAAGAUAUGGUGUGGAGAAAAGAUUGGUUCCUUCUGGACCAAACCCUCUUCAUAACUAG